GCGGAUGGUUUCUAAAAUGAUCAUUGAAAACUUCGAGGCACUCAAGUCCUGGCUCAGCAAGACUCUGGAGCCCAUCUGUGAUGCAGAUCCAUCAGCCCUAGCAAAAUAUGUUCUGGCUUUGGUAAAGAAAGACAAAAGUGAGAAAGAGUUAAAGGCACUGUGUAUUGAUCAGCUAGAUGUAUUUCUUCAGAAAGAGACACAGAUAUUUGUGGAAAAACUUUUUGAUGCUGUGAAUACAAAGAGUUAUCUACCUCCUCCAGAGCAGCCAUCAUCAGGAAGCUUAAAGGUAGAAUUUUUUCAACACCAAGAAAAAGAUAUAAAAAAAGAAGAGAUCCCAAAGGAGGAAGAGCGAGAGAAGAAGUUUUCUAGAAGGCUAAAUCAUAGCCCUCCCCAGUCAAGCUCAAGAUACAGAGAAAAUAGGAGUCGUGAUGAGAGGAAGAAAGAUGAUCGUUCUCGUAAAAGAGAUUAUGAUAGAAACCCUCCUCGAAGAGAUUCUUACAGAGACCGAUACAACAGAAGACGAGGGAGGAGUCGCAGUUACAGCAGGAGUCGGAGUCGGAGCUGGAGUAAAGAGAGACUGCGAGACAGAGAUAGAGAUAGGAGCAGGACUCGAAGCAGAAGCAGAACACGAAGCAGAGACAGAGACCUGGUAAAACCUAAAUACGACUUGGAUAGAACAGAUCCAUUAGAGAAUAAUUAUACUCCAGUCUCUUCGGUACCUAACAUUUCAUCUGGCCAUUACCCUGUACCUACUUUAAGCAGCACUAUUACAGUAAUUGCUCCUACUCAUCAUGGUAAUAAUACUACUGAAAGUUGGUCUGAAUUUCAUGAAGAUCAGGUGGACCACAAUUCAUAUGUAAGACCACCUAUGCCAAAGAAACGAUGUAGAGACUAUGAUGAAAAGGGUUUUUGUAUGAGAGGAGACAUGUGCCCUUUUGAUCAUGGAAGUGACCCAGUAGUUGUAGAAGAUGUGAAUCUGCCGGGUAUGCUGCCUUUCCCUGCACAGCCUCCCGUUGUUGAAGGACCACCUCCUCCUGGGCUCCCUCCACCUCCACCAAUUCUUACACCCCCACCUGUGAAUCUUAGACCCCCAGUGCCACCUCCAGGUCCAUUACCACCUAGUCUUCCACCUGUCACAGAUGAUAUUUCUUAUUCUUUGGUUUUGACAGGACCACCCCCUCCACUUCCUCCUUUGCAGCCAUCUGGCAUGGAUGCUCCCCCAAACUCUGUGACUAGUUCUGUUCCUACUGUAGUAACAACGGGCAUUCAUCACCAACCUCCUCCUGCUCCACCUUCUCUUUUUACUGCAGCUUUUGUUUUACCAGAUACAUAUGACACAGAUGGCUACAAUCCUGAAGCCCCAAGUAUAACAAACACUUCCAGACCUAUGUAUAGACACAGAGUGCAUGCACAAAGACCUAACUUGAUAGGACUAACAUCAGGGGACAUGGACUUGCCACCCAGAGAAAAGCCUCCUAAUAAAAGCAGUAUGAGGAUAGUAGUGGAUUCAGAAUCAAGAAAAAGAACAAUUGGUUCUGGGGAGCCUGGAAUUCCUACAAAGAAGACUUGGUUUGAUAAACCAAAUUUUAAUAGAACAAAUAGCCCUGGCUUCCAGAAGAAGGUUCAGUUUGGAAACGAAAAUACCAAACUUGAACUUAGAAAAGUUCCUUCCGAAUUAAAUAAUAUCAGCAAACUUAAUGAACAUUUUAGCCGCUUUGGAACCUUAGUUAAUUUGCAGGUUGCUUAUAAUGGUGAUCCUGAAGGUGCGCUUAUCCAAUUUGCAACAUAUGAAGAAGCAAAGAAAGCAAUAUCAAGUACAGAAGCAGUGUUGAACAAUCGCUUUAUUAAGGUUUAUUGGCAUAGGGAAGGAAACACCCAGCAAUUACAAACGAAUUCUCCAAAGGUAAUACAGCCUUUAGUGCAGCAACCUAUAUUGCCUAUUGUGAAGCAGUCAGUCAAAGAGCGGUUGGGUCCAGUACCUUCAAGUAACAUUGAACCUGCAGAAGCUCAAAGUGCCAGUUCAGACCUUCCUCAGAAUGUAACUAAGUUAUCUGUGAAGGACAGGUUGGGUUUUGUAUCAAAGCCAACUGUUUCAGCAACUGAAAAGGUGUUGUCUACAUCUACUGGCCUAACAAAAACAGUGUAUAACCCAGCUGCUUUGAAGGCUGCACAAAAAUCCUUACUUGUUUCCACCUCUGCAGUGGAUAAUAAUGAAGCACAGAAAAAGAAGCAGGAGGCGCUGAAACUUCAGCAGGAUGUAAGGAAAAGGAAACAAGAAAUUUUAGAAAAACACAUUGAAACACAGAAGAUGCUAAUUUUAAAACUGGAGAAAAAUAAAGCAAUGAAAUCUGAAGACAAAGCAGAAAUAAUGAGAACUUUAGAGGUUUUGACAAAAAAUAUCACAAAGUUAAAAGAUGAGGUCAAAGCUGUUUCUCCUGGACGCUGUCUUCCAAGAACUAUAAAAACCAAGACUCAGAUGCAGAAAGAAUUGCUUGACACAGAACUGGAUUUAUAUAAAAAGAUGCAGGCCGGAGAGGAAGUCACUGACCUUAGGAGGAAAUAUACCGAAUUACAGCUGGAAGCUGCAAAACGAGGUAUUCUGUCUCCUGGUCGGGGUAGAGGAAUUCAUUCGAGAGGUCGAGGUACCGCUCAUGGCAGGGGCAGGGGCAGAGGUCGAGGCCGAGGUGUUCCUGGUCAUGCUGUGGUGGAUCAUCGUCCUAGGGCCUUGGAGAUUUCUGCAUUUACCGAGAGUGAUAGAGAAGAUCUUCUUCCCCAUUUUGCGCAAUAUGGCGAAAUUGAAGACUGUCAGAUUGAUGACGCGUCACUUCAUGCUAUAAUUACAUUCAAGACAAGGGCAGAAGCGGAAGCAGCUGCAGUUCAUGGAGCUCGUUUCAAAGGGCAGGACCUAAAACUGGCAUGGAAUAAACCAAUAACUAAUACUUCAACUGCUGAAAUAGAAGAAGCUGAACCAGAUGAAGAGGAAUUUCAGGAAGAGUCUUUGGUGGAUGACUCAUUACUUCAAGACGAUGAUGAAGAAGACGACGACACUGAAUCUCGUUCUUGGAGAAGAUGAUUUGACUGAUCACUGAUCUGCAUAUGCUAGAACUCUUCCUGUGUUUCAUUAGUUUUAUCUAAUGUACUUUGACAUAUUUGUAAAAACAAUUUUUGGUAAAUUGUGAUGAAGAUGGAUUUCACAAAUAGACAAAAGAGAAGAAAACUACCUUCUGAUCUUGUAUUUUGAAAGAUUGAUGUUUGCGUUUUAUUUCAGUAAACAAUUGCUAAGACAUCACUCUAGAAACAUAUGCAAUGUUUUUAUUACAUACUUCUACUGAACGCUACAGGAUUCUUUGGCUUCUUUGUAAUUUAAUGAAUAGGUCUGAAAACUUAAGACCAAUACUUGUUAUAAUUUAGAAGGUUUUGUUUUACUCCAAAUAAGGAAUGAAUUUGCAUUUAAAAUCUUAAUGAAUGUUUUCAAAAAAGGAAUAGAUAACAUAGUAUUCUAACUAAAGUCUCCCAAGUUAUGUAUUCAUAAUAUUACAUAGUAGUAUGCUUAGGCUUUACUAUGUAUUAGCCUUUAAUUGAAUCUGUGUGUGUAUUUUACCUUAUGGGUUUAAAUGAUAACGGUGUAUGACUGCUUUGCAUAUGAGUGAUUAUGCAUUCAGAUGUUAAAAUAAAGUGGAAUGGUCUCUAAAAAAGAAAAGAGGAAAAAAAUGAUAAAAAAAAAAGACAAUAUUCUUUGAUUUAAAAAAAAAAGAAAAAAGAAAAAAAAAAAAGACCAUUCCAGAUGGCAAUCUACCCUCUCCCCCAAUUAUCACAAAAGGAGCUAUAAUCACUAAUUCACUCUUAAUAAUAAUGGUUACUGGUACCUUUUCUAUAAUGUACAAUCCAAUGUUUAAAAUUUAUACCACUUUAGUUUGGUUUGAUCUUAUAAACUUUCAACAGAUGUCUUAAGAUUUAAAAACAGGCUGAUUAGUUUGGAAGCAGACUUCAAGUAGAACUAACAUUUGAGGAAUAAGAAAACAUCACAUUACAUUUUGGAUGUAUGAAAGAAACAUGACCAUUUGAAGAUGUAUGAAUAAAGAAAUGUACUAUAAA